AUGCGUAGGCGAUCCACCGUUGAGCAAUCGUCAGGCACGGUAGUCGCCUCGCGGUUAGAGACUGUGUCUCGCGGUCCACAACCACCCGCCAAUAUGUCGCUCAUUGAUCGCGUGCGCGACUUUUUCAAGUCAGAUGCGGCGAAGCUUAUUCUGUGCGUCGUCGGAGUGGUGGGCACGCUCAUGAUCUAUGGCGUCAUGCAGGAACGAAUUAUGCGGCAGCCGUACGGGAGUGAAGGGGAGUAUUUCCAGCACUCGCUUUUCAUCGUGCUCUGCAAUCGACUGCUUGCAAUCUGCAUGGCCAUCACCGCUCUCCUCAUCAAGGGCAAAUCCAUGGCUCCCGUCGCGCCUCUCUAUUCCUACGCGGCCGUGUCGCUCUCGAACGUCGUCGCUACGGGCUGUCAAUACGAGGCUCUCAAGUACGUCAGCUUCCCGCUGCAGACGCUUGCCAAAUCCGCCAAGAUGAUCCCCGUUAUGAUCUGGGGCACGGCCAUAAUGCAGAAGGUGUACGGGUUCAAGGACUACGCUGUGGCGCUGCUCGUCACGGCUGGCUGUGCCAUUUUCGUCCUCUACGGGCGUGAGGGCCAUCACCACCACAAGCAGGUGGACUCCACCUUCUGGGGCAUUCUGCUCAUGGUCGGCUACCUCGGGUUUGACGGGUUCACGUCAACGUUUCAGGACAAGCUGUUCAAGGGGUACAAGAUGGACACGUUCAACCAGAUCCUCUACAUCUCCUCCUGGUCUGCUCUGCUCUCCCUCAUUGGGUUGAACGUGAAGCUGGUGUCCGCCAUCCAGUUCAUCAUCAAGUACCCCUCCUGCUUCCUCCACAUCUUUCUGCUCUCCGCUUCAGCGUCCACGAGCCAGUUCUUCAUCUCCUACACUAUCCGCACCUUCGGCGCACUUGUCUUCGCCACCAUCAUGACCACGCGCCAGCUGUUGAGCAUUCUUCUCUCCACGGCCAUCUAUGGCCCUCCACUCACGUCAGGCCAGUUUGGAGGCACGGCUUUGGUGUUCUCAGCCCUUUAUUACAAGGCAAUAGCAGGCAAGAAGCCAGAUAACAAGCCAAAGACAGCGGACGAGGGGCUGACUGCAGAUGGCACAUCGGAGAAGGCUCUGGAGGCCAAGGAGUCCGACCCAUUGCUGGAUGGGGACGAAGGGUCACAAGGCAAGCAGAUGGGCCAAGUCAGCAUGCAGGGUGGACACCAAACGGACAUGAGCAACAAGGUAUAG